AUGCCACCAAAGCUGGACCCCAACGAGAUCAAGAUCAUCUACCUCCGUGCCACCGGAGGAGAGGUCGGAGCUUCCUCUGCUCUUGCCCCCAAGAUCGGUCCUCUCGGUCUCUCGCCCAAGAAGGUCGGUGAAGAUAUCGCCAAGGCCACCCAGGACUGGAAGGGUCUCCGUGUCACCGUCCAGUUGACCAUCCAGAACCGUCAGGCUGCCGUCUCGGUCGUCCCCUCGGCCUCUUCCUUGGUCAUCAAGGCCCUCAAGGAGGCUCCCCGUGACCGUAAGAAGGAGAAGAACAUCAAGCACAACGGUAACAUCUCCCUCGAUGAUGUUAUCGAGAUUGCCCGCAUCAUGCGCUCCAAGUCCAUGGCCCGCGAGCUCUCCGGUACCGUCAAGGAGAUCCUCGGAACUGCCUUCUCGGUCGGAUGCACUGUUGACGGCCAGUCCCCCAAGGAUCUCGGCGAUGCCAUCGAUGCCGGUGAGGUUGAGAUCCCUGAGGCUUAAAUAGCUUGUAUUAUAAGUACUUGUAAUGCAACAUCGCUAUAAACCUUGGUUCCAAGGCUCGAAUAAUUCUUUUUGUGUAUUGUGUUUUGGCGCAGCGUUCAAAUCAUGAGUGAAUAACAUCAUGGAAAAAACGGAGGGAGGCCAAUGGCAAUAUAACUGAACGUAACUGAACGGGCCUUG